UCUUCCGAAACGAUGAUGACGGCGAAAUCAACCGCCGCUCUCAGCCUCACACCUUCACCCCCGCUCUCUCGUCCCGUCCUCUCAUCUCUCCCUACUCCACAUUCUCCGCCCCCUCGCCUCCCCGCCAGAAUCGGCUCCUCAUCGAGCUCUCUCCGGGCCACCGCGCGAAGCUCCCUAGCCACGGCGAGCCUGCUCGGGGCCGGCUGCUUGGCCUUGACGACGCUGGCGAGCCCCGCGUCGGCCUCGCUCGUCGGUUCUUCUCUCCAGCUCGCCGAGCCCGCCAAUGCGCUGUCCUUGCCUACUUGGGCCGUUCACGUCUCCAGCGUCGCCGAAUGGAUCACAGCUAUGGCAUUGGUCUGGCAAUAUGGAGAAGUGUCUGGAUAUGAGUCCUGGAAAGGUCUUUCAUGGGGUAUGAAUAUGUCUCAGGGCUAUGAACAUGAUACAACAAAGGUGCCAUUGCUUGGCGGAGCAUUUUGUGCGUGCACAUGGCAUUUCUUUUAUAACUCUGAAUCCCUGGAGGUAUUGGUGGCUCUUCAAGCAGUGCUGACUGUGAUAGGAAAUGCAACAAUGUGUUUUGCGGCAUUCCGCAUAUACAGAGCAUCAGAGGAACGCUCUGGAAAAUUGUGAAGUUUUCAUGGAACUACCACGAGUUUUCAUGGUGCUAGGAGCUGUCUCAGUGAUGAAGGUUGAUUUCAUGGUUCUCGACGGAUUAUAUUGAUGUAGAAUUAAUCAUCAUUCAAGAGAUGCUGGAAAUGCUGGAGGCUUGGAAACUUCCUUGAAUUGAUUUGUAUGAUACAUUCGCAUAUAUUCGUUAAUUCAUAGUCUCCAAAAAGUUCGUAUAGAUCAAUUGGUUGGUGCCAGCUUUCCAUUUAGGUUUAUUUCAAAUGUGUCUCUAGAGUCUGGAUUUAUCAUCUGGAUGCCUCAUCUGCGGUCUUACAAAUUUCUUUUCGGAAAAAAGUUCCAUUUCCCAAUAGGUGUGAUCAGGUUCAGCUUGUAACAUGACGUCUAUGUAAAUCUGGAAAUAUCUUUUGCUUUUACCUUGUUCAUAAAUCCUGGUUGACU